GAUGCACAGGGACCCCUGACAACUCCCCCAUUCCUUCUUCCUUCGCUCUGCCAUCUCCUUGGAUGGCUCAAUUGCUCGCUGGCAGGCGCACAGGUUCUGCAGCAGGUGGGAGCAUGAUGGCAGCCCUGGCACUGCAGCUGGUUGCGCUGGCACUGUCUAUCUUGGGCUGGCUGGGCUCUAUUUUGGCCUGUGCCCUGCCCAUGUGGAAGGUGACGGCUUUCAUCGGAUCCAACAUCAUUGUGGCACAGGUCUUCUGGGAGGGGCUGUGGAUGAACUGUGUUUACGAAAGCACUGGCCAGAUGCAGUGUAAGGUCUAUGACUCCCUACUUGACCUACCAGCAGACCUACAAACCAGCCGCGCCUUGGUGGUGGUCUCCAUCGCCAUGUCUUUCCUGGCUCUCCUGAUUGCCAUCUCUGGAGCAAGGUGCACCCGCUUUGUAGAAGACCCAAAGACCAAGGCUAAAGUUUUGAUGAUAGCUGGUGUGGUGUUCAUCCUAGCUGGAGUGGCGCUCCUCUUUCCUGUCUCCUGGUCAGCAAGGAACAUUGUCAGCAACUUCUAUAACCCACUCGUUCCUGAGGCCCUGAAGAGAGAACUGGGUAUCUCACUUUACAUAGGUUGGGCAGCUAGUGCUUUCCUGAUCCUUGGUGGAGGCACCUUCUGUUGCUUCCUUCCUCCAAAGGAGGACAAUAAAUCCUAUCCAAUGAGAUACUGGACAGGAAGACACCCUUCCGCCAGCAGCUAUGCCCGCAAAGACUAUGUAUGACCCUUCUUGGAAAAGCUACCCCUCCUCCCCCCUUACUCCAAGCCUUGAGAAAGAAGGAUUGGCUGGCAAAAAGGACUCAUCCGAUGCAAUGAUGUAACAGAAUAUAAAUCUUGCGAUGCCAAUCGCCUGUCAGGCCUGUCUACACGGAGCACACAUUGACAUGACAUGUGACGUCAAGAGAAAGUUCACCCCGACUGUUUGUAACAUUUUUAUUUGACAAAGAAGUAUUAUUUUGUGGUACGUGACAA